UUGCAACAUAUGUUGUCAAGUGUUUGCCAAUAUCAUUUUUUUUUUUAUCUUUUAGUUUUUUUGGCUGAUGUUAAAAUGGUGUAUGUAUAUGCUAUUGAAAGGCCUCUAAACAGUCUUCUUGCUCCAUUUAGCUAAGGAAGGAUAGGUGAUAUUAGGCCAUUUCAUAGACAAAGAAAUCAAACCCUCUGCCUGAAGUCUUACAGUUUUCAGUUUCCCAUGUAUAAGUUAGAGUUGAUACUUGCAGUGAUCUUUUUCUCAUUAUAAUUCUAAACAAUAAAUAGAAUUACUUGAAUAUUUUUAUUUUUCUUAUCCCAAGGAUGAGGAAAGGAAAAAUAACCUCAUUUCUCCCAAAAUAUUUAAAAAAUCAUAGAUCUCUUUUAUUUUCAAGGAUUUAAAUAUUAAAGAAGAUUAUUUGAAGACUCCUUUUGGAAUCAAAUAGCAUGGACCUCAGCAGUGACUACCAUUUCCUCAACCAGAUUUUGUGGAGAAGAGUGAGACUCACAUUAGUUUGUGGCAUUUUUGAAGGAGUGCUGCAACAUGUGGACCCUGACAAGAUUGUUGUUUUGAAGAAAGUGAAGAAUGUAGAGACUGGUCUAAGUGUCCCAGGAGUGAAGAUGUUUUUUGGACAUGAGAUUGUGAAUGUGGAACUACUGGAUGAAGUGGAACACGGUGCAGUAAGAGAAAAGUCUUCUUCUGUUAGUCUAAAUACAGAAGAAACCAAGAUGGAUACAAUAAAAAAUGAAGACCUAAAUGUACAGAAGCCUGCUUCUCCUAUUCCUGAGGUGCCAAUAACCUCUCUUCUGAAUGACCUCAAGUACAGCCCAUCUGAGGAAGAGGAGGUGACAUACACAGUCAUUGAUCAGUUCCAGCAGAAGUUUGGUGCUGCAAUGCUCCACAUCAAGAAGCAAAGUGUCCUGAGUGUGGCAGCAGAAGGAGCCAAUGUGUGUCGUCAUGGGAAACUAUGUUGGCUUCAGGUGGCCACAAAUAGCCGGGUUUACUUGUUUGACAUUUUCCUUCUGGGAAGUCGUGCUUUCAACAAUGGACUUCAGAUGGUAUUAGAAGACAAGAGAAUUUUGAAGGUUAUCCAUGAUUGUCGUUGGCUUUCUGAUUGCCUCUCUCAUCAGUAUGGAAUUUUGCUGAAUAAUGUCUUUGACACCCAGGUAGCAGAUGUCCUUCAAUUUUCCGUGGAAACGGGUGGCUUUCUUCCAAACUGCAUUAGUACUUUACAGGAGAGUUUAAUCAGACACCUUAAAAUAGCCCCUAAACAUCUCUCCUUUCUGGAAGUGAGACAAAAAUGGAUUCGAGAAAACCCAGAACUGUGGUUCACACGACCACUUUCACCUUCUUUGCUGAAAAUUUUGGCUUUGGAAGCUACCUACCUGCUCCCCCUUCGCUUGGUACUCUUGGAUGAAAUGAUGUCUGACCUAACUACCCUGGUGGACGGAUACCUAAACACCUACCGAGAAGGGUCUGCAGACCGACUUGGAGGCAUGGAGCCUACAUGUAUGGAGCUCCCGGAGGAACUGCUUCAACUCCAGGACUUCCAGAAGCAGCGCAGAGAGAGAGCGGCAAAAGAAUAUAGAGUAAAUGCGCAGGGACUCCUAAUAAGGACAGUACUACAUCCAAAGAAAUCGGUGACUGAGACAGCAGGGGAAGAGGGAAAAGUACGAGGUUUCUUACUUUGUAAAAAUUCUACACAAGAUAAAACUUCAAAUAUCACAUCUCAUGAGGAUGUAAAUUUACUGAAAGAAGAAUCUAAGAGUAAACAAACCACAGUAGAGCCUCAAUAUCUACCUCCCACAAAGGAAGAUGCCAGCGAGGAUACCAGUUACAACCUAAAUUACCCUGAGUCAGAGGGGGUUAAAGACCAGAGAAUAACUCAGAAAGAACAUCUCGAGAUACCUAAACAAGAAUUUCAGACAAGUUUAUCUUUGAAAGAGGAGAUAGAACAGUUAUUGAUGGUGGAAAACAAGGAAGAUCUAAAAGGUGCAAAACAAGAUGUUUCAGUGUCUCCUUCCCUUCCUCAGGAAACCAGAGUGUCUCCAAGUAGCAUUUUUCAUCCUUUUAGAAAAGCUGGGCUUCCCACACUUCCUCCCUGCCCAGCUUUGGAAAAGACUGAUUCCUGGUUAAAUCCAGAUUCUCCCAAUCUGCCUUAGAGAUCUGCAAUUUGUUUUUGAGGCCAUUAAGGUGGCUUAUUUCCUCUGCCAUCAGGGCCUUCCUCAGUGCUUAAGUUUCUCAUGUUGUAAAUUCAGUUUUACCUCAGUCACAGUCUUUAGGGAAAAUUAUAUCCUCUUACUUUCUGUCUUCCUGGAAUUUGAUUAGGAUGGGAAUGAAUAAGUUAAAUAAUGGAAGAAGUAGAUUUUCUGAUUAUGUCAUUCUGUAGAAAUGUUCCCUGUGGCCAGACUAAAUUAUUUCUCAUAAUUUGGGUUUAAAAGAUUUGAAGAAGGGAACAAUUUUGGACUUAGUGUCUGGAAGAACCUAUACUUAAAAUUUUUUUGUUGUAUUUUUUGGUUUGAAGGGGGUUGGUAAAACUCUUAGCCAGAAGUUUAAAAAAAAAUGAUACCCAACAAGGUUAUCAGAACUUUAUUCCUUUUUGAAAUACUAAUAAGUAAGUUUAUCAGGUAUACUUCAAUAAAGCUGAAAAAAAUCCAACUUUAUUUUUCAAUUUAAGUUUUCAGUCUGUCUUAUGUUAUAGACAAACAAUAGUUAAUGUUACUACAGGAAUCAGUAUAACAGUUCUAGUUUUUUUACAUUUCAUUUACUUUUAGACAAUUUUGUCCUUUUUCCUAAAUAGCAGGGACUUCUUUAAAGUAUGUCUGUUAUGUAAACUUUAAGUUUGAUUGCACUCUGUUUGCCUGGAGAUGGUAUGCUUUCUUAGGGUGAAAAGAAAGCAAAUUGUCCUGAGUCUUUUUAUAUUGAAUACUUGCAAGUUGCUCACAUUCUUUUGUGUAUAAUAAGCAAUAAACCUGUUUUGGCAUUA